GCCGAGUCUCCGCCCACGCGCUGUGUUGCUGCUGAGACCCGCCGAGCGGCCGAGGCCCGCCGACACCGCCCGAGACCAUCCGAGAAGCCGAGGCCCGCCGACACCGGCCGGAGACCCGCCGAAGGGCCGAGGCCCGCCGACACCGGCGGAGACCUUCCAAGAGGCAGAACGCUGCGGAGCCCGGACCGCACGCGUAAAGACCCAGCUCCCAGCGGGUGUUUACAUGUAUGACCGCAGUGCAGACCCUGAUCCAUGGUGGUACUGGGACUGUCUAUCUCCUUUCACAAAUGAAGAAACUGAGGUGCAGGAGUAUGAAUUUGCAACUGGUUUUCUGGAUUGGAUUGAUCAGCUUGAUUUGUUCUGUAUUUGGCCAAACAGAUAAAAAUAGAUGUUUAAAAGCAAACGCCAAAUCUUGUGGAGAAUGUAUACAAGCAGGGCCAAAUUGUGGGUGGUGUACAAAUACGACAUUUUUACAAGAAGGAAUGCCAACCUCUGCGCGAUGUGAUGAUUUGGAAGCUUUAAAAAAGAAGGGUUGCCAGCCAAGUGACAUAGAAAAUCCCAGAGGCUCCCAGACUAUAAAAAAAAAUAAAAAUGUCACCAAUCGCAGCAAAGGCAUGGCAGAGAAGCUCCGGCCAGAAGACAUUACUCAGAUCCAACCACAACAGCUGCUUCUGAAGCUGCGAUCAGGAGAACCACAGAAGUUUACAUUAAAAUUCAAGAGGGCUGAAGACUACCCUAUUGACCUGUACUACCUUAUGGAUCUCUCCUACUCUAUGAAAGAUGAUCUGGAGAAUGUGAAGAGUCUUGGGACAGAUCUGAUGAAUGAAAUGAGGAGGAUUACUUCAGACUUCCGCAUUGGCUUUGGCUCAUUUGUGGAGAAAACUGUGAUGCCGUACAUUAGUACAACCCCAGCAAAGCUCAGAAACCCUUGUACAAGUGAACAAAACUGCACCAGCCCAUUUAGCUACAAAAAUGUUCUCAGUCUUACUGACAGAGGAGAGUUUUUCAAUGAACUUGUUGGUCAGCAGCGCAUAUCUGGAAACUUGGACUCUCCAGAAGGUGGAUUUGAUGCAAUCAUGCAGGUUGCAGUUUGUGGAUCAUUGAUUGGCUGGAGGAAUGUAACACGACUGCUGGUGUUCUCCACGGAUGCUGGGUUUCACUUUGCUGGAGAUGGAAAACUUGGUGGUAUUGUUUUGCCCAACGAUGGACAAUGUCACCUGGAAAACAAUGUAUAUACAAUGAGCCAUUACUAUGAUUAUCCCUCAAUUGCUCACCUUGUCCAGAAAUUAAGUGAAAAUAAUAUUCAGACGAUUUUCGCAGUUACUGAAGAGUUUCAGCCUGUUUACAAGGAAUUGAAGAAUUUGAUUCCUAAGUCAGCAGUGGGCACACUGUCUGGAAACUCUAGUAAUGUGAUCCAGCUGAUCAUUGAUGCCUAUAAUUCCCUUUCUUCAGAAGUUAUUUUGGAAAACAGCAAAUUGCCAGAAGGAGUAACAAUAAAUUACAAAUCCUACUGCAAGAAUGGGGUGAAUGGGACAGGAGAAAAUGGACGAAAGUGUUCCAACAUUUCUCUUGGAGAUGAGGUUCAAUUUGAAAUCAGCAUAACUGCAAAUAAGUGUCCAAAUAAGGAGUCUGAAACCAUUAAAAUUAAACCCCUGGGCUUCACUGAAGAAGUAGAGGUCAUUCUUCAGUUCAUCUGUAAGUGUGAUUGCCAAAGUCACGGCAUUCCAGCAAGUCCCAAGUGCCACGAGGGAAAUGGAACAUUUGAAUGUGGAGCCUGCAGGUGUAAUGAGGGGCGUGUUGGGAGGCACUGUGAAUGCAGCACAGACGAAGUGAACAGUGAAGACAUGGAUGCUUACUGCAGGAAAGAGAAUAGCUCAGAAAUCUGCAGUAACAAUGGAGAAUGUGUCUGUGGACAAUGUGUGUGUAGGAAGAGAGAUAACACAAAUGAAAUUUACUCUGGCAAAUUCUGCGAGUGUGAUAACUUCAACUGUGAUCGGUCCAACGGCCUAAUUUGUGGAGGAAAUGGUAUCUGCAGGUGCCGUGUCUGUGAAUGCUUUCCCAAUUAUACCGGCAGUGCAUGUGACUGUUCUUUGGACACUACUCCAUGCAUAGCGUCAAAUGGUCAGAUCUGCAAUGGCCGGGGCGUCUGUGAGUGUGGUGCUUGUAAGUGCACAGAUCCCAAGUUUCAAGGGCCAACCUGUGAGACGUGUCAGACCUGCCUUGGUGUCUGUGCGGAGCAUAAAGAAUGUGUUCAGUGCAGAGCCUUCAAUAAAGGAGAAAAGAAGGAUACAUGUGCGCAGGAGUGCUCCCACUUCAACCUCACCAAGGUAGAAAGCAGGGACAAGUUGCCCCAGCCUGUGCAGGUGGAUCCUGUGACCCACUGCAAGGAGAAGGACAUCGACGACUGCUGGUUCUAUUUCACCUACUCCGUUAAUGGCAACAAUGAAGCCAUCGUUCAUGUGGUGGAGACUCCAGACUGUCCUACUGGUCCUGACAUCAUCCCAAUUGUAGCAGGUGUGGUUGCUGGGAUUGUUCUUAUUGGCCUUGCCUUGUUGCUGAUUUGGAAGCUUUUAAUGAUAAUUCACGACAGAAGGGAAUUUGCUAAAUUUGAAAAGGAGAAAAUGAAUGCCAAGUGGGACACGGGUGAAAAUCCUAUUUACAAGAGUGCUGUGACAACUGUGGUCAAUCCGAAGUAUGAGGGAAAAUGAGUCCUACUCAGGCCGAUUUUACAACACCAAGUUCACAGCAGCAGUGUGGUAGUCACAGUAGGGUAGCUUUGGGGCUCUAUGGCUAGGGGUUUAUUCACAUGCAGGUUUGAAAAAUGUACAAUAUGUAUAUUUUUAAUUUUUUUAUUAUUUGGAAAAUAAUGUUAUAAUCCAUGCCUGGGACUGAAGACUUGAGAAAGGAUCAUUACCCUUGUCAGCUGAGGUCACAGUGUGCCUUUUUAACCCUUCCUCCUGGACUGUUGGAAUCACUGCUAGAGCAAAUGCAAGGCAAAGUUGAAGCAACAGCAUCACAAGCAUCUACACCACUACUGACUGAUUCUCAGCCUUCCAGGAGCAGCCAGGGCUAGUUACACAGAAUCAAAGGACAGUCCUGCUGGUGGCUCUGGGCGUGGUUCAGCCUACUGGCUGCACACUGGUAGACUUGAUGAUGCCUAUGAAAGACAGUGUGUUGACAGUUUCCAAUUAAAGUAAUUCUCACACAGGGAGGUGGGAAGGAAAAACUUAGCUUUAAAACCUGUGUGCCAUUGUGAGUUACUUGAUCCUGUAACUCUGACACCUUCUCUUUAUAAAUCCAACCUUGGAUAAAAGUGCUGAGAACUAUUCACAUAAAGGCCAUAAUUUUCAUAGCAUUUGCUGAGUGGGGACUUUGGGGAUUAAAUUUAUUUUACUUUAUUGUUUUUGUUUAAUUCCUGGUGCUUUUUUAUCACCUUCUUUAAUCUUUUAAUGUAUGUAUUUGCAACUAGGGGGUAAAGCUUUUUAUCAUUACCUUUUCUUUUACUUGGAUGUACAUUUGCUUUUUUCACAAACACUGUAAGCUGUCCUGCUUGUGGGAUUGCAGGGCCUGGGCAGGUCCCCACCCCCCCCAACAGCGAUUCAACCACUGUGCACCAUCCGCACGUGCCUUCCCUGCUGUGCUUACUCUGUUUUACACUAGUCACAAUCUUGUUUUAAGUGCCUUUUAAUUUUGACAAUGCUAUUAACUGAAGUUAUUUAUUAAAAUAAAAAGGCCUAAAAUACAUAA